UCUGAAAUAGUCACCAUGGGGGAAAACGACCCACCUGCUGCCGAAGCCCCCUUCUCCUUCAGAUCGCUUUUCGGCCUUGACGAUUUGAAAAUAAGUCCCGUGGCCCCAGAUGCCGACGCGGUGGCUUCCCAGAUCCUGUCUCUCCUGCCCCUGAAGUUCUUUCCCAUCAUUGUCAUCGGGAUAAUUGCAUUGAUAUUAGCGCUGGCCAUUGGUCUGGGCAUCCACUUCGACUGCUCCGGGAAGUACAGGUGUCGGUCGUCUUUUAAGUGUGUUGAGCUGACGGCUCGAUGCGACGGAGUGUCGGACUGCAAAGAUGGGGAAGAUGAGUACCGAUGCGUCCGCGUGAGCGGUCAGAACGCCGCGCUCCAAGUGUUCACGGCUGCCACCUGGAGGACCAUGUGCUCUGAGGACUGGAAGAGUCACCACGCUACUGUCGCCUGUGCCCAGCUGGGGUUUCCAAGCUAUGUGAGUUCGGACACCAUCAGAGUGGAUUCACUCGAGGAGCAGUUCCGAGAGGACUUCGUUUCCAUGAAUCACCUCUUGCCAGAUGACAAAGUGACCGCUUUACACCACUCGGUGUACGUGAGGGAGGGAUGCACCUCGGGUCACGUGGUCACACUGAAGUGCUCAGUCUGCGGUCUGAGGAUGGGCUCCAGCCCACGCAUCGUGGGUGGCAACGCGUCCUCGCUGGCGCAGUGGCCCUGGCAGGCCAGCCUGCAGUUCCAGGGCUACCACUUGUGCGGAGGGUCCAUCAUCACCCCCGUGUGGAUCGUCACUGCUGCCCACUGUGUUUAUGAUCUCUACCUCCCCAAGUCAUGGACCAUCCAGGUGGGCCUCAUUUCCCUGCUGGACAGUCCAGCCCCCUCCCAUCUGGUGGAAAAAAUCAUCUACCACAGCAAGUACAAGCCAAAGAGGUUGGGCAAUGACAUUGCCCUGAUGAAGCUGGCCGGGCCUGUCACUUUCAACGAGCUGAUCCAGCCAGUCUGCCUGCCCAACUCCGAAGAGCACUUUCCCGAUGGGAAGAUGUGCUGGACGUCAGGCUGGGGGGCCACAGAGGAUGGAGCAGGCGACGCCUCCCCGGUCCUCAACCACGCGGCUGUGCCUCUGAUAUCCAACAAGAUCUGCAACCACAGGGACGUGUACGGCGGCAUCAUCUCCCCCUCCAUGGUCUGUGCUGGCUACCUGAAAGGCGGUGUGGACAGCUGCCAGGGAGACAGCGGGGGGCCCCUGGUGUGUCAAGAGAGGAGGAUGUGGAAGCUGGUGGGAGCCACGAGCUUUGGCAUUGGCUGUGCCGGGGUGAACAAGCCCGGAGUCUACACCCGCAUCACCGCCUUCCUGGACUGGAUUCACGAGGAGAUGGAGAGGGACCUGAAAACUUGAAGAGAAAGAGGCAGGUUACCACCCUGAGUUCCUGCCAAGAUGGAGACACCCCUGUCCUUCCAUGGAUUCUAACAACAGAGCCAAAAGAAGGAGCAUCUUUUCGUUCUUCUACAUCUAGAGCACUUUUCUUCUAUCACCUCUAACAAGCCAGAGGGGCAUUGGACUAAAAUGACCCUGAACCUCCUUUCUGAUCUUCACUAAGAACAGAAGCAGGAAUGCCUCCGAAGUGCUACGUUUUCCUUGUCCAUCUGGUUUCCUCCCCUACAAAGCGAUCUACACCUUUUAGCCCCUCAACAAAGACACGGCAGCCUGGACCUGCAGGGGUGCGGCCAGUGUAGACACAGCUGUCUGUACCUUUCUAUCCGGGCACCAGUACCUAACCAAUUUUCUACCAGGAUCUCCUUUGACAUGUGGGAACUUAACUUAAGAUUAUAGUUUGAGGUUUAUUUCUAGUAUUUUUUGUAGCCUUUGGUGCUUGAUGUAUCAUUGUCUCUUGCUUCCAGAGGAUGUACUCUUUCUUAGCGCAUUCAUCACUCCGAGCUUGUCUGAAUGACUCCUGACUGCUCGUAUAAGCUUAAUUCAAGAAGCUCAAUUAAUUUGAUCUCUUCUAUAUCCAUCAUGGGUUUUGUAUUUUCUGUUAGAACAGGUUUCUCGGCAGAUCAGAAUUAUCUGCUCUUACAUCACAGCACUCAGAAGCAGAGUAAGAAAAGAAAAUACUAAGUCAAGACCACCUAAACCUCACACUAUGGUACUGAGGCAGACUAGACAGUCUCAAGUCAUUAAGAGGCCAGAGGAUUCCCUACCUCUCCAUAUGGGCCCGUUAAUCUCCCACACAGCUGCAGGAUUAGAGAGCCCUCCUGGUACCCACACACCUUCUGCAGUCCGUAUAACACACACAUAACAGAGGAAGGUUACUUUGUAAGUAAUCACUGUCCAGUGGUGCUUUACCACAAAUGACUUCAUCAGAAUAUGAAUCCGUUGCUUUGCCUGAGGUAACAGUGGGAGAGAUGGGUGAGUUUCAAAGAGGUCAGAGAUGGGUCCAGGUACCGGGGAAGGCCCGGCUUCAGGGAGCCUCCAUGUGUGAGAAGGGGAUGGGGAAGAAAAGGAGGGAGAGGUAAGGGCAAACUUUAUUUGGAUGUACCUCUCUGUAUCAUAGUCACUGCACAGAUCUCUGUACAUGUCAGAAAGUGACAAGACCAUUUUUAUUUUAAGUGUUUCUGCCCAGCUCUCUUUGAAAGCAGUGGUAGCUCACCAAAGCAUCUUGAGAAAGAGGAACCAAGCUGGAGGUAUCACUCUCCUGAUAUCAAACUAUCCUACAAAAUUUCAGUCAUCAAAACAGUAUGGUACUGGCACAAAAACAGACACACAGAUUAAUGGAACAGGAUAGAGAGCCCAGAAAUAAACCCACACUUAUAUAGGCAAUUAAUCUACACCAAAGGAGGCAAGAAUAUACAAUGGAGGAAAAGACAAUCUCUUCAGCUACAGGCAAAAGAAUGAAACUGGCCUACUUUGUUACACCAUGCACAAAAAUAAACUCAACAUGGAUUACAGACUUAAAUGUAAGACCUGAAACCACAAAAUUUGUAGAAGAAACACAGGCAGUAAACUGCUUGACAUUGGUAUUAGCAUUAUUUUUUGGAUCUGUCUCCUCAGUCAAGGGCAAGGAAAACAAAAAUAAACAAAUAGGACUAUAUCAUACUAAAAAACAUUUUGCACAGUGAACAAAACCAUCAACAAAAUGAAAAGUCUGCCUAUUGAAUUGGAGAAGAUAUUUGCAAAUGAUAUAUCCAAUAAGGGGUUAAUAUCCAAAAUAUAUAAAGAACUCAUACAACUCAGUAGCCAAAAACCAAACAGUCCAAUUUUAAAAGUGGGCAGAGGACCUGAAUAGACAUUUUUUUCCAAAGAAGACAUAGAGAUGGUAGACAGACACAUGAAAAGAUGUUCAACAUCAAUAAUCACCAGGAAAAUGCAAAUCAAAACCAUCAUGAGGUAUUACCUCACACCUGUCAGAAUGGCUAUUAUCAAAAAG